AUGACAUCCCGUCUUUCGCGCGUCCUUCCAGUCGCGCUCUUAUUAACUGGAGAUCUUGCCUCCGCGCAAACUUUCAAGAUUGAUUCGGAUGACAACAUUAUUUCGACGUCGAAAGCCCUCGCUAAAAAUGUUAUGAGUUAUUACCAUGGAAAUGAAUCCGGACAAACACCAGGUAUCCUUCCAGGUCCUCCUCCUGCGGGUGAUUACUACUGGUGGGAAGGUGGUGCACUCUGGGGAGCUAUGAUCGAUUACUGGCAUUAUACCGGCGACACUACUUACAACGAUGUGGUUACCCAAGCCUUGCUUUGGCAGGUUGGUCCGAACAAGGACUACAUGCCUCCCAAUGUCACAGCUUCGCUUGGUAAUGAUGAUCAAGGAUUUUGGGGAAUGUCUGCUAUGCUCGCAGCUGAGGCCAACUUUCCAGACCCUCCCGCAGGUCAACCUGGGUGGCUAGCCCUUGCUCAAGCAGUUUUCAACACUCAGGCUGAUCCCGGUCGUCACGACAAUACCUGCAACGGUGGUUUAAGAUGGCAAAUUCCCUUCUCUAACAAUGGAUAUGAUUACAAGAAUAGCAUCGCCAAUGGAUGCUUCUUCAAUCUUGGCGCACGCUUGGCACGCUAUCUGAACAAUCAAACCUACGGCGAUUGGGCUGAGAAGACAUGGGAUUGGGUUCAGGGUGUAGGAUUCAUGGACUCGGAAUACAGGAUCUACGAUGGCGCACACGUCGAGACCAACUGUACCGAUAUCAACAAGGCUCAAUUUUCGUAUAACAAUGCAGUCUAUCUCCUGGGAGCUGCUUACAUGUACAAUUUCACCAAUGGCGACUCGAAAUGGGAAUCACGACUCAACGGUCUUAUUGACGCAACAAUUCGCGACUUCUUCAAAAACAAUGUGGCUUAUGAAAUCGCAUGCGAGGAGCACAUGACUUGUACGACGGACAUGUUAAGUUUCAAGGGUUAUUUACACCGAUGGAUGACCACCGUAACGCAGAUUGCACCUAUCACAUCUUCGAAGAUCCUGCCCGUCCUACAGAAGUCAGCUCAGGCCGCCGUAAACCAAUGUACCGGACCACCUGACGGAACUACCUGCGGCUUUGGGUGGUCUAGCGGUACAUUCGACAACAGUGUUGGUGCCGGCCAGACAAUGAAUGUGUUGGGAGCAGUCUCGUCUUUGCUGGUUGCGAAAGCUAAAGCGCCGGUUACUAAUGCUACCGGCGGUACAAGCGAGGGCGACCCAAAUGCCGGAUCUGCGAGCGACUCUUUCACCAACGCUCCGUCGCCGAUAACCACGGGAGAUCGGGCAGGUGCCGGUAUUCUAACCGCGCUUGUUCUCGCUUCCGCGGUUGGCACAUUUGCUUGGAUGAGCAUUGGGGCGUAA